AUGGCGUCUCACCACCUCUCGCUUGCGCCCUCGGCAGGCCUUCCCCCGACAAGACAAGCAGUGCAGGUGGACGCGUAUCCGCUGCGAGACGACAGAAAGCGAUCGAGGUGCGAAGUCGCAAACCCAUCGUCCCCUGUCUCCGCCGGCACGCAUGGCGGCGCCCAGAGCGCGACGCCGGCAACUGACAAGGACUGUCCGUUUGCGUCGCACGGCGCGCGGCUCUUGCGGGAAAGCGAGAGCCUCUUCUCCAGCCUCUUCCGACAGCACAUGGCGCGGUCGCCUGCGUGGCUAGUGAACGAGUUGCUGCUGUUGAAACGCCUGCUAUACAAAUUCAGGCGCCAGCAUCGACGCGCCGAUUUCUUUCAAAAGGCCCAAUCGGUCUGCCGAGCCACCGGGCCUCUGUUGUCUCUGUUGGGGCUCUUCUCGCAGCCGGCGGGGGCUCUGCCGUCACCGAAACGCCACGCGUUUCUCGCUGUCUUCUUUUCACACGUGCAGGCGAUGUCUCAGAGACGCAGACGUGCAGCCGAGGCCGCGCAGAAAUGCAGAGGCCGCGGAGAGAGAGGUGGGGAGUCGGGAAUCGCGGCAAACGUCUCCGAGCUGGGACGCGCGCCGGGGUGUGCUUUGGAUGCGACGGCGUUUCUCUCCUCCUUUGUCGAGGAGCUUCUGGGUCGUGCGCUCCACCUCCAAGACGCAGCCAUGCACGCGUCGUCAUCGGCAAUUCAACAAGUCCAUCUGGGCUACCACUUGAACCUCGUGUUGCCUCUCCUCGCGGUCUACGGCCGCCUCCUCGCUCUCGCCUCCGCCCUCGUCCGCGCAGUUGAGCAGCAGGUGACGCAGCAGCCACAGCUCCUCGCCCAUCUCGGCAAACGCGAAGGCGCACCGCGAGAGAGCACCUCCAGCAGAGCAGAGAACACGGAGAACGAAGACGCGACGGGGGGCGGAGACGGGAAGGUCGGUGAGGGCUCGUCGGUGGCUUUGCGCGCCAGUGCCUCAGGGGUGCGUACACCUGACGCGAAGUGGGGCGUGGAAGAGGCCGAGCGGAGGCCUGGGGUGGGCUGCCAGGAGACGCACAAAGGCGGCGACGGGAGAAUAAACGAUCCACUGGGAGAUCGAGACGAGGGGGACACGCAGGGACCGACGGACGCUGCCCUGGCACCGAAAGAGGCGGGAGGGGUGGAAGGAGACGUGGACGGCGACAGGGAUUUGGUCAAAAGUUACGCUCACGGCCGGGAGGAAGAAGACGGCACAACAACGGACCACACGGCGGCGGAAACUGGCGACGCAACGAGGGCGUUGAAAAGGCAGAGAACGGGGGCAAGAGGAGGGGCCCGUUCGGGGGAAUCGACAGGCCGCCGGGCUUCGCUUCCCCUCGCCCACCGGACACUGCACGACACAGUGUCGAAAGAGAAAACGCGCGAAGACUUGCUUGCGUUCCUUUUGUCGGAAAAGAAAAAACCCAGCACGACUGCGUGUCUGGGAAAGAAGAAGGCGUCGUCGCUGUCGUCUGCGAAGAAGCAAACGGAUUCAGGCAACGCGUUGAAAUCUCUCGACGGUUCCGAGAUACGUAUGUCGCCUCCGGUUGCCUCAAAGACGCUUUCUGUAAAGAAGAAAAAGAAGUCGCAGUCGGUUUCCCCGCAUCCCCCAAAGAGGGGAAGUCGCGAAUCCGGUAUUUCCUGGGAGGAACAGGAUGCGCUCUUGUCGUUUCUUCUCUCACAAAAGCACCAAGAGGCGCGUCCCAAACUGUCGCGACCUGAGGGCGGCACGCAAGCGGCCGCGUCGACCAACAAAGCGAACGAAAUGCGCAAUGCCCCUCUCGCCGAGGCGGCGGGCGUCAAGGGUGCUCGUUCCGCGAAUCCCGCGAGAACUGGAGGCCCACAAGGCGUGUCCGUGAGCGGCCAGAACGAGGCGGAAAAACGCUCGUGUUCUGUGCCGAAGACGCAGGCGCUGGCGAGCGAGUAUCGCGCUUCUACAGGUGGGGACGCCAAGACACUCGAGUCUUCCCUCCCCCCUCGACACCCGGAGAAAACGAAGAAGCUGCCUGGCUCUCAACGCCGCGGACAGACAGAUUUGCUCGCACGCCUGGCGCAGAACGAAGCCGACCAAAGAAAGGAGGCUGUACCUCGGAAUGCAGGCGCUGUAUGUACACCCAAGCGACGGGGUGCGGUGCCCCUUUUUUCCAGUGAUGCGGAUCGUGGCCUGUGUGUACCGUCAUCUCUCACUUUUCCGUCUCGAUCGUGCGAGAAACCCAAUAAGAAAAAACUACACCUAUGA